AUGUCUACCGCCGAGCUCGCUUCUUCCUACGCUGCCUUGAUUCUGGCCGAUGAUGGCGUUGAAGUCACGGCCGACAAACUCCAAACCCUCUUGAAGGCUGCCAAUGUACAAGAUGUUGAGCCUAUCUGGUCUACACUAUUCGCCAAGGCUCUUGAGGGCAAGGAUGUAAAAGAUCUCCUGCUCAACAUCGGAUCGGGCGGUGGUGCCGCGGCCGCGGUCGCCAGCGGAGCGGGCCCUGUCGCUGCUGAAACUGGCGGUGCUGAGGAGAAGGUGGAGAAGGAAGAAGAGAAGGAAGAGUCCGACGAGGACAUGGGCUUCGGUCUUUUCGACUAA